CGCAAUGAGUCAAACAAUAGCAAUCGCAGGAGCAGGCGGCCUUGGCAAGCAUAUCGUCGAUGCUAUUUUGGAGGAUGGUAAACACAAGCUGAUUGUUCUUAGCCGUGGAACAAAUCAAGAGCUCGCAGAUCGGGGUGUUGAGGUUCGCACCGUAGAUUAUUCUUCAGUAGAGUCACUCACCAAGGGAGUAGCAGGAGUGAAUGUGAUCAUUUCAUUUAUCGCGGAAAGAAGCGAGACGAACAGUCAGAUAAAUCUCUAUCAUGCUGCGGUAGCUGCAAGAGUCAAGCGAUUCAUCCCAAGUGAAUGGGCGUUGGAUGUCCAAAAGUAUGAUGAUAAGCCAUCUCUUUACGAAUUCAAACGGAAGUUCCGCCAGUUUCUGGCAGAUCAAAACAAAAUUGAAUAUACCCUGGUUUGCAAUGGUCUAUUUAUGAAUUAUCUCUUGCCAGCUGGAACCAAAAAGUACUUGCAAGAUGUCGAUAUCAAUAUCAGCAUCGAAAAGCGCACGGCAAAUGUCCCUGGAACAGGAAACCAACCUAUGGUUUUGACCAUGGCUGAAGACAUUGGCAAAGCUGUCGUCUGGCUCAUUGAUGACCCAAAGCCUUGGCCAAAGUACACCUACAUAAAAGGAACCGUCACAUCCUGGAAUGAACUCAUCAAAUAUGGAGAGGAAGUGACUGGUGAGAAGUUUGACGUGAGCUAUGUUCCUUUAGAAACAUUGCAGGCAAACUACGAGGCAGCUGCUGCCUCAGGCAACUUUCUCAAGAAAUUCUUUGCAGAGAUUGGCGUUAUGUAUGCUACCGACGGUGUAUUAGAUCUGCCUGAUAACGAGGAUCCUUCGCUGUUUGAAGGCAUUCGUUUUACUCAAGUCAAAGAACUGAUUGAUAUCACUUACAAAAAAUAAUUACGAAAGAUUUAUUCAUAUCCUGUACUGUCCUCCUUCUUCUUUUGAUGAUCAGCCAACCCCCUUGCAAUAACUAAUGAAAAAAAUUAUCAAAAAAAAGUGAUAUGCUGCAC